AGUGCGUCCGACAGAAUUCACCUUCCGCAGUGAACAACAAGUAACAUGGGGUUGUAGCGUUAUCUGGUCUAAUAAUCAUGUUGACCUUCAAAGCAUUACAGAGGAACAAAACCCUUAAAUAUGGAGUUCCCAUGUUGUUGCUGGUAGUGGGAGGUUCCUUUGGGCUCCGGGAGUUCACACAGAUCCGCUACGAUGCUCAGAAGAUCAUGAAGAAGCUGGAUCCCACCCUGGAGGCCAAGGUGAACCCCCAGAAACAGUCUGUCAUCCUGGAGGAGGAGUACCAGAAGAUGAAGGAUGUAAACGUGGAGGAGUGGAGGAACAUCAGAGGUCCUCGUCCCUGGGAAGACUCCAAGGAAUACCAAGAGCAGCAGCGCUCCAGACAGGGCAAGGCAGCGUGAUGGAGAUAUGCCUCGGAAUACCGCUGACCAGAGGCCGUAUGGUUUGCAACAGGAUAUACUGAGUGAGAUGGGAAGACACAGGGCCAAGUUAUCACCAAGACCACUGCAUGGCCAAUGGCUUGAGGAA